AUGAACAAAAUCUCCAUCUGGGUGAGCUUCAUUUCAAUCUCUCUCUUCCUCCACAGUUCAACUUCUGUGGAGGAUGAGGUUAAGAAUUCACUUAUUAUCUUCCUUGCUAAGGUUUCUAACAAUGGUGUUCAACCUGGCCUCACUUGGGGUUGGAACACUUCCUCUGAUCCUUGCAAGGACCAGUGGCAGAAUGUAAUUUGUGAUUCUCAAAACGUUUCUGUCACAAAGCUGUUUCUAAAUGGCAAAAACCUCACCGGCACGCUUGAUGCUGCUUCACUCUGCAACGUGAGAUCUCUUGCCGCCAAUCUUACCAUCCUUGCCCUUGAUGACAACAACAUUGGUGGACAAAUUUCAGCUGAGAUUGCAAACUGUGAUCAGCUCACUCGCUUGACUGUAAGCAGCAACCAGCUUUCAGGAAACCUUCCUGAGUCGCUUGCUGUGUUGAAUAACUUGAAAAGGCUUGACAUCUCCAACAACAAGUUCUCUGGUGAGUUACCAAAGUUGUCUCGGAUUUCAGGUCUCACAGCCUUCCUUGCUCAAGAUAAUCAGCUUACCGGGCAGAUACCAAAUUUCGACUUCUCCAACUUUGACACAUUCAAUGUCUCCAACAAUAACUUCCAAGGUCAAAUUCCGAACGUGAAUGGCUUUCUCACUGCAAGCAGCUUCCUUGGUAAUCCUGGAUUAUGUGGAGAUCCAUUGCCAAACAAGUGUUCAUCUUCCUCCGCGACAGCAGAUGAGAACUCGAACACCAAAAAGGGUGUCUCAAAAAAUCAAAUGUUUAUAUACAUGGGGUAUGGUGUGUUGGCCUUAGUUUGUCUUGUGUUAGUAGUUCUCAGGAUAUGUAGGAAAAAGAAAAGCAAGGAUCAGGUUGAUGCAGUGAACAAAGUAGCAGCAGUUGAUGAAAGCGCCAGCAAACUCAGUGCUGCGUCAAGUGAGGACAAAGGAGGUUUGAGUAAGUCACAAUAUUCGGUCACGUUUUCAGAUGAUGAGAGUGCAGCUAUGGUUUCCUCCUCGCUCAUAGUCCUUACAAGCCCUGUGGUCAAUGGGUUGAAAUUUGAGGACUUGCUCAAAGCCCCUGCUGAGUUGCUUGGAAGAGGCAAGUAUGGUAGCCUCUACAAGGUCAUCUUUGAGAAUGGGAUGGUCCUGGUUGUGAAAAGGAUUAAAGAUUGGGCACUUUCAAGCAACGAUUUUAAGCAGAGGAUGGAGAGGUUGUACCAAGCAAAGCAUCCUAAUGUGUUGCCGGCCCUUGCCUUUUACUGUUCCAAACAAGAGAAGCUUCUGGUCUAUGAAUAUCAGCAGAACGGGAGCCUAUUCAGGCUCAUCCACGGAAGCCAUAGGGGCCAAGCAUUUGACUGGACCAGCAGGCUUUCAGCUGCUGCUAGCAUUGCAGAAGCAUUAGCUUUCAUGCAUCAGGAACUUCGAGCGGAAGGGAUUGCUCAUGGAAACUUAAAAUCUUCCAACAUCUUGCUGAACAAGAACAUGGAGCCCUGCAUAAGCGAAUAUGGCCUCAUGGAAAUCAACGAUCAAGACAACUUCAUGCCGGGCAAGGCUUCCGGGGCCAAGGCCUCCAGCACCUUUAAGGGAGACGUUUAUGGGUUUGGAGUGAUCCUUCUUGAGCUCCUUACAGGCAAACUUGUGCAGCAUAAUGGGGUUGAUUUGACAGUUUGGGUUCACUCCGUGGUUCGAGAGGAAUGGACUGCAGAAGUGUUUGACAAGUCCUUAAUGUCAGAAUAUGCAAGCGAGGAGAGGAUGGUGAACUUGCUUCAGGUAGCUAUAAAGUGCGUGAACCGUUCUGCAGAGGCUAGGCCGCGCAUGAACCAAGUUGCCCUAAUGAUCAACGCCAUAAGAGAGGAAGAAGAGAGAUCCACAGUCUAUGAUCCGCAGUCUAGGAGCCUACUUUGA